AUGGCUGACCUUGAUCAGAAUUUUGAACUUGAACAAGCUCAUGAACGUGAAUACCAACCAGAACAUGAACUUGUGCAUGAACACGAAAAUGAAGUCGAGGUUGAACAAGUACAUGAACCUGAGCAAGAACCAGUACACGAGCACGAGCUCGAACAAGUACAUGAACACGAGCUUGAACAAGCACAUGAACACGAGCUUGAAUUAGCACAUGAACAUGACCAACGGAAUGAGCAAGAAGAUGCAAUACCAGAGAACUUGCAUCCCGAUCAAAAUCAGGACAUUGUGGAUGAGCCAGUUGCAGGAGGUGUUGAAAAAUGGCCUGGAUGGCCUGGAGAGUGUGUUUUCAGGAUGUUGGUACCUGCACAGAAGGUGGGAAGUAUAAUUGGACGUAAAGGAGAGUAUAUAAAGAAAACAUGCGAAGAGACGAAAGCACGGAUUAAGAUUCUUGAUGGUCCUGCUGGAAUGAGAGAAAGAGUUUGCAUCAAUAAUUUGAGAAUAAACUAUAAGUGUUUAGGACUAAACUUAUCGGCUCUUCUCACCUAUGUUUCAUUUGUGGCUAAGGUUAUGAUAUCUGCUAGAGAAGCUCCUGAUGCAACGCUUCCUCCAGCUGUGGAUGGUCUUCUUAGGGUUCAUAAACGCAUUUUCGAUGGUCUGGAAAAUGACUCCUCUCAUCCUUCAUCAGGUUCAGGAGGAAAGGUCUCGACGAGGCUUCUCGUUCCUGCAGCUCAAGCUGGUAAUGUGAUUGGAAAACAAGGCACAACAGUCAAAUCCAUUCAAGAAGAGUCUAACUGCAUUGUUAGGGUUCUUGGAUCAGAAGAGCUACCAGUUUUUGCCCUUCAAGAUGAUAGAGUAGUAGAAGUAGUAGGUGAACCAUCUUGCAUCCUUAAGGCUAUUGAACUGAUGGCAUCCCAUCUGAGGAAGUUUUUGGUUGAUCGGAGCAUCAUACCAGGGAUAUCUGCUUAUGGAAGAGAGGCUCCAAUGCCGGUGCAUUCGUCUUCUGGUCAGGCAGCUUCUUCGGUGAUCACUCAGGUCACACAACAAAUGCAAAUUCCACUCUCUUAUGCUGAUGCUGUAAUUGGUACACAAGGUUCAAGCAUAAGUUACAUUCGGCGGGUGAGUGGUGCUACAGUCACUGUACAAGAAACAAAAGGAGUUCCUGGGGAAAUGACAGUUGAGAUUAGUGGAACUGCUUCUCAAGUCCAAACUGCUCAGCAGCUGAUUCAGGUGGGGAGAGUUGCUAAAAAUUUCAUGGCUGAAGCUGCUGCAGGCCCUCCUCAGACACAACAUACUCCAAUAGCCGAUUACAACUCUUAUCCUUCUAAUCCUAAUCACGCGCCCCAAACAGGUGGUUAUAGCUCAGUUUACGGAACCAAUUAUGGCUAAUAAAAUGUGUAGUGUCAGUUCUCCUUAGACUUAUAAACCUGAUGAUUUCAUUACCAAUUGGCCAGCAAAAUGCUUUAAUUUCGUAAUUGAUUACCUUAUUUAGUAAAAGUAGACAUUGUUGUGAUAGAAACUAUUCAGUCACAUUUAGAUCCAGCACGGCUGAUUUUUGUUCCACAUUUUUCUUUUCCGUGUACGAGAUGUUUUAUUGCGGAUAAAAGGGUGUAUCUUAUUUUAUGCCUGAUGCAUAUAAUGUUGACGACUA